CGAUUGUUCAUAUCGAUUUUUAUGCUCGUAUUUUCUAAUCGUCUAUCAUUGAUAUCGAAAACAUUUUCUGAACAAUCAAAUAAAUCACAUCGUACGAUUAGUACCGGUAGUGUUGGUGGUGUCCGUGGUAGUAGUAUCACUUCUGGUUCACCAAGAUCACCAUUAUUAUUGAAACGUAGUGAUUCAAGUGGACAUCGAAGAUCACCAUCAUCAAGGAAUUUUCAAUCAAAUGGCAAUAAAUUUGGUGGUGGAUCAUUUCGAAGAAAAUCACCAGGUUCAUCACGAACAACAACACCUCGAUCAAUAUCCAUGUCAAACAUUUCGAAUUCAAUGUCAACUAAUUGUUCUGCGAUUGCUGAAUUUAGAUUCGAUGAAUAUGAGAAUAAAUCAAAUGAAAUAAUCGAUGUAUUUCUGGCUAAUCAACAACAAUGUACACAUGGUAUUAGUAUACGUGAUUAUCUUUAUUCAAAAUUAUCGAUGGAAAUUGCAGAUCAACAACAACAACAAUUGGAUCAUCAAGAAAGAUAUCUGAUUGAAUUACUUUCAUCCACCGAUCUGGAUCAAGCUACCAUUCAAUUGGAUGAAGAAUUCUUGGUGGUAACUAAAUAUUCUGUUUAUAUAAUUGAAUCCAAGGAAAAGUCUUUUGGUCGUAUAUUUCAUUCAGAAAUUUUAUCUUUUUUACAUCAUAAUCAAGAAGAAGAAGGCUAUUAUCAAGAUGGUGAUCUUAUAAAUCGUGCUAAAUUUUUAGUCGAUUGUUUUAGUCCAUCAUCAUCAGCAUCAAUGGUGUAUCAUCAUCGUUCAAGUUUGUAUAAUAAAACAAGCUGUUCAUCAAUCGAUUCCCCGUCAUUGAAUCAUCAAUUAAAUCCAUCAACAAUGGUAAUGAUACCAAGUCAAUCGUGGCAAUUAUGGUUAUGUCGUUCAGCAAUGUUAUUAAUGAAUCAAAUAUUUGAUGAUAAUGAACAACUUUGUUGUUUAUCACAAAAUGAACGUAUUCGAAUUGUAUCGUUAUUAGCGGAAAAUACGAAACAAUCAAACGAUACAAUCGAUUGUACUUUUCAUCUGAAACAAUGGAUUCAAAAUCGAAUGAAUCAAAUAUUUCGAUUACUUGAAUUAUGUCGUUGUCCAAAACGUCGUGUUAUAACAGCAUUGAAUGUAUUCAGAUUUUGGUCUCUUUCCAUUGGUCAAAUACGGAAAUUUUUUCAUACACGAAUCCUUUUUGAAUUGAAUGAUGAUGAACGAAAUUAUCUUUCAUGGCAAUUAUUUGAAGCAUUAUUGGCCAUUUAUCAAUUUCAUCAUCAUUCUAGUCAUGAUGACCAAGAAAAAUCAUCUAGCAAUAAUGAAAAAUCAACUUCAUGUAGUGAACUUUAUGAAUAUUUCUACAAUUAUCGCCAAUAUUAUAAUCAUCAAUUAGUAUUACGUCGAUUAAUCGAUUUAAAUCUUUAUAAAAUGAGUGAAUAUGUAGCAAGAUUACAUGGUGAUUAUCUUUAUUUAAUUUAUUUUAUACUUCAAUAUAAAUGUAUGACGAUGAUGACAAUGUUGGAUGAUCAACUUUCAAAUUCAGAUCGUCAUUGUCGUCAUCAGAUUCUUCGAUUAUUAACAUCAAAGCAUGUUACAUAUGCAUUGAUUCUAAGUACAGAAUUUAUUCAUCAUCAUCAUCAUCAUUCCAAUUGUUUGAUUACGUCAAAUUGUAUGGUCGGUGAAUGUCGUUCAAUUCGUUUGAUUGAACGUUAUCUGCAAUUUUUAUUCAGUCAAUUACCACAAUUAUCAUUAAGAUUUCUUCGACGUUCUACAAAAAUUUUCGAUCCAAGAAGAUUAGCUGUACGUUUAUUGAUAAAUCAAACAUUAUUUUAUUGUAAUCAAACAUAUCUUUGUAAUACUGAUAAACGUGAUGAUGACGAUGAUGAUGAUAAUGAUGAUGGACAUCUGGAUCAUCAUGAUUCAGGUGAUGUUCAUAUGAUGAAUGAUUCUUUGUCCGAAUCAGAAUGUUCAAGUCUCAUUACUACGAAUGGAAAAUUACGUAAAAGUUUAUUGCCAAUUAAACGUCGUGAUUUAUUGAAUAUGGAAUUAUUUUUAGAAUCAUUAUGUUUAAAAAAAUUGACAACAAAAUCUGAAUCAUCAUAUGAUUGGUCAUUCAUACAUACAGUUAUCGGAUUUAUGCCAAAACAUUUAAAAAUUUAUGAACAAAAACUUGAUGAACAUUAUCGCAGACAAAAAUCUCAUCAAGAAUUAUCAUUGUGUCCGAAAACGACAUAUUUUGAUCAUCAUAUAGUUGCUGGUACUCAUUGUUCAUUGAUAUUUGAUCAUCGUCAAUAUUGUUUAUGGGGUCGAUUUGAUUAUACAUUCACCAAUUCUGAACGUUUGGAACAAAUCUUUUCAUCAUUCGAUGAUCAACAACGUAGCAUAGCAGAUGAUCGAAUACCACCACCAUCAAUCAAAACGAAUCGAUUAUUAAAACCACAAUUGAAUCGUUUCUUUUCAACAAUCAUUAAUGAUCCAAUACGCUCCAUAUCGAUUGGUUAUCAACAUAUGAUGAUUUUAACUGAUAAUGGUAUUUAUGGACUUGGUUCAUCUGCAUUUGGACAACUUGGAUUAGGAUCCGAAGUUUUACAAACACGUUAUCCAACAUUAUUGGAUUUUGGUCAUGAUAUUCAGGAUGAACGAAAAAAAAUUUGGAAAAUUGUAUGUGGAUCAUAUCAUACACUGUUGUUAUCAAAUGAUGGUCAUCUUUAUUCAUUUGGUUGGUCAUUACACGGUCAACUUGGUCAUGGUACAUUGAUCGAAGAUCAAUUUGAACCACGAUUAGUGAGAUAUUUUAUUGAUACGAUAAAUGUAUCGAUUGCUGAUGUGGCUGCUGGUUAUGCACAUACAGCCGCCUUAACAACUACAGGUGAUUUAUACAUGUUUGGUCAAAAUUGUUAUGGACAAUUAGGCGUGGAACCAGCUGGAUGUAAUGGAAAUAAAUUUUUCAUUCCACAAAAAUUCACAUUAAUUUCUGGUCCAAUACGAAUGAUUUGUUGUGGUCCAUUUCAUACGGUUGUUAUUGCUGUAUCUGAUGAAUCAGAAUCAUCACUAAUUAGUGAAAAACUUUAUUGUUGGGGUAUUGAUCCCAAAACAUGGCGGUUAAAAAUGCGUGCUGAUCGUGCUGCAUGGACUAAUAAUCAACGUAAUAUGAAUAUUGUUGUCAUCUGUAAAAAUCAAACCGUGGAUUAUUCAAAGAUACGUGAAAUAAAUUUGGAAAAAUUACCACCUGGAAGUUGUAUACAGAAAAUGGCAGCCGGUCAAUCGCAUACAUUAUUGUUGACUGAUCAAGGUUUAAUCUAUACCUUCGGUAAUGGACGUGAUGGACAAUUGGGUCUGUUGAAACAAUCAUCAUUGGAAGCCGAAUUUCAAGCACAACCUGUAUCGAUAAAUUGUCAGGAUGAUGAUCAUGACGCUGAUGAAUAUUAUCAACAAAAUCAUUUUAUCGAUAUUGCAUGUGGUUCAUUUCAUUCAUUAGCCAUUGAUUUCGAUGGUAAUGUUUGGGGUUGGGGCCAAAAUUCAAAUGGACAACUUUUUGAUGGACAAUCAAAUACAAUGACUACCACUACUGCAACAUCAUCAGGUGAUUGUGAUGAUUUAACUGUAACAUUAUCACAUGAUGGCCAUGGUAGUAUUGGCAAUGAUUCACCGCGAAGAUAUGAAUCGAGACAUAUUACAAUUAAUUUGAAUUCUUCUUCUUCUUCUUCUUCAACCUCAUCAAAUCAAAUGAUUUUGGCAUCUAGUGGUGGUUCACCAAAACAUAAUCGUUGUCAACCAUCAAUUCUGUUUUGCAUAUCAAAUAUAAUGGAAGCGCAUGAUCAAAAUUUCAAUACAUUUGAUUAUGAUAAUUUUACUGGUUGGCAAAUACCAAUCGAUAUUGAUGAUGAUCGUCAAUCGAUUUUAAACAAGCCAUUGAGAUUGCAAAGAAAAAUUCUUUUAACCAUCCUGCAUAAUCGUCAUGAUUUAAAUAUCAAUUCAUUGAUUCGAAGGUAA